AGAAGGAAACCGUUCUCUUCUCCCGGAAAUGAUUCCCACCGCCAAGAAGAGGCAGCGCACCAUCGCCACCGUCACUAACUCCUCCUCCUUCUCCGAUACAUCCCUAACCGAAAUUUCCCAAAACCGCCACCGUCAUUCUAUGAGCACCACCGGCGACGUCCUUUUCUUCAACGACGCCUCCACCGCUGACGUCGUCCUCCGCCUCUUCAUCGACGCCGUCGAACCCGUGUCGAUCUCCGACCUCCACGUGUACCUCCACUCCGACAUCCUCCGCCGCUCCAAAUACUUCUCCGCCCUCUUAUCUGACCGGUGGAUCGGCCAGGUCCAGCCUCAUCCUCCGCCGCCGGAAAAUUCCUCCUCCGACCGCGAAUUUUUCCGGCUCAAUCUCGGAGUUCCGCCGAAUCCUGGUUCGAUUCAGUCGCAUCUCACGGUGCUGGAACUGCUCUACACGAACGACUUCGCAGACGUCAUUGACAGCGUGUCCACCGCGCUGGAUCUGCUUCCGGUUGCGCUGGAAUUGCUGUUCGAGGAGUGCGUUCGUUCGUGCGUGAGUUUUCUGGAGGCAGUGCCGUGGACGGAGGACGAAGAGAAGAGAGUGCUGAGCUUGAUCCCAUUCCUGAGCGAGGAAGAGUCUAAAGAGCUUGUCGCUAGGGUUUCACCGGUUGGGGAAGAUUCGUGUGAAGUGAUGCUGCAAGGUUUGGUUUCGUCAGCGAUGAACAAUUAUCAAAACACGGCGUUUGUGAAGGCGUUUGUGGGGAAGAUAUUGAGGGACUUGUCGUCGAGGGAAUCGGCGAAGAGGGUGUUGGAGAAAGCGUUUAAAAGGAGCUUGAAGACGGUGAAGGAGUCACUGGAAGACUAUUCGAGCCCUGUGUUCAGAGGAGACCACAAUGAAACGGAAGCGAUUCAGAGGUUGAAUCUGCACAAAGCUUCCACUAAUGGGAAGCAUCUUUUGUGGUUAGUGGAGAGGAUGAUUGAGUUAAGGGUUGCUGAUGCUGCAGUCAAAGAAUGGAGCGAGCAAGCGCCUUUCACUGCUGAUUUGCAGAGGGCAUUCCGCGAUGAUGCCUGGAGGAACAUUGUGCCUGGCCUUCCUGCUGUCAUGCUUCGAUGUACCUGCAAGCUUGCAAAUGCAGUUAGUUCCGGCACCAUUUUGGCUUCUAGACAGGUGAGAAAGAAACUCGUAGAAGAUUGGCUUCCCGUUUUGGUUGUAUGCAAAGACAAUGUUUCACCAAUAUCACCGAGCAACAAAUCGUUAUAUUUGGAGCUGGAAGAAAUAUUUUUGCGAAUCAUCUCUACAUUGCCCAUGUCAGAUGCUCAAGAAUUGUUGCAGCAGUGCCUCAGCUUUUCAACCCGAAACGUUGAAGAUUGUCCUCACUUGGUGACGGCAUUCAACACCUGGUUCCGGCGUGCAGCCCAACCCCUCAAACCAGAUUGUCUCUUUGAUCAAUGAGAGGUCUGUUUUGUUGUGACUGUUGGUCGGCUUGUCUAAUAUUGUGCAUUUGUGUAUUACUAACUUCGUCUUCAGAAAGUUUAACAUUGUACAUAUAAAUCGACACUUAAGACCUUACCCUUUAGGAUGGUAGACGUAGCUGUUUGCAUAGCUAGUGGGAUCCUUGGAAUGCGGUGCUCGGGAAAUUAUAGGUCAAAAUGAAAAUACCAGCUU